GUAAGGCUCGAAAGUAUUGGAGCAGAAGAUAUUGUAGAUGGAAACCCUAGACUGAUUCUUGGUCUUAUUUGGACUAUUAUUCUUCGUUUCCAAAUCCAAGAAAUUGAAAUUGAUGUUGAUGAGGAAAAUGAAAGUAGUGAGAAAAAGUCAGCCAAAGAUGCUCUUCUUUUAUGGUGCCAAAGAAAAACAACUGGAUAUCCAGGUGUUGCUAUUCAAGACUUUACUGGAUCCUGGAGGAACGGUCUUGGGUUUAAUGCCUUAAUUCAUUCUCAUCGCCCAGAUCUUAUUGAAUUUACUUCCCUCCAGCCAGCAAAACACAUUGAAAAUUUGAAUAAUGCUUUUGAAACAGCUCACCAAGAAUUGGGUAUUCCAAAAUUACUCGAUGCUGAAGAUGUUGAUACUAAUCGUCCUGAUGAAAAGUCCAUAAUGACUUAUGUUGCAUCAUAUUACCACACUUUUGCGAGGAUGAAAAAUGAAAUGAAAAGUGGAAGAAGAAUAGCGAAUAUUGUGGGACAAAUGAUGGAGGCAGACAACAUGAAAAUACAUUAUGAAAAAUUGACUACCAACUUAUUAGAAUGGAUCAAACAAAAAGUUGCUCAGUUGGAAAAUCACAACUUUCCUAACUCAUUAGAAGGUAUUCAAAAAGAAUUGCUUGCCUUCAAACAAUAUAGAACCAUUGAAAAACCCCCAAAGUAUAAGGAGCGAAGUGAAAUUGAAGCUCUUUAUUUUCAUAUAAAUACUCAAUUAAAAUCUUUGAAUCAACCAGCUUAUAGCCCACCUGAUGGUCAGCUGAUUCAUGAUUUGGAGAGGGGAUGGGAGCUUUUGGAGGCGGCAGAACAUCGAAGGGAAGUAGCACUAAGGCAAGAACUGCUGCGCCAAGAAAGACUAGAACAGCUGAAUUAUAAUUUCGAAAGAAAAAGUGUCUUGCGAGAAGGAUUUCUAAAAGAAAUGAUUCAAGUUUUAUCCGAUCCACGAUAUGGCAGCAAUUUAGCUCAAGUGGAUGCCACAGUAAAAAAACAUGAAGCUAUUAGUGCAGACAUUAUGGCCAGGGAAGAAAGAUUUCAUGAUUUGACAAACAUGAGCGAAGAAUUGGUGAGAGAAAAUUAUCAUAGCCAUGAAAGAGUCAAGAAAAGGGAAACUGAAGUGCUUUCAAAGUGGAGAGAACUUUUGCUGUUACUUGACAAGCAUCGAGCUAACCUCAACACAAUGUGUACGCUCAUGUCCAUGCUCAGAGAAAUAGAUACUAUCAUGUCUACUAUCAAAGAUUUAGAGGCUAAUUUUCAAUCAGAAGAUGUGGGACCUCAUCUUCUUGGUGUCGAAGAUCUACUACAAAAACAUAGUUUAAUUGAAAUGCAAAUUACUGUUGCUAUGGGAGAAACAGUUAGAAAGUUGACUCGCCAAUGUCAGCAAUAUAUAUCUGCGGGCCAUAAAGAAUCGGCUCUUCUUCAAGCCAGCAUUGAUAGACUUAACAAAGCUUAUUCAAAUUUGCUGGAAAAGAGUAAAAUACGAAGAGAAAGAUUAGAAGAAGCAAGAAAUUUUUAUCAAUUUGUUCAAGACCAUGAAGAAGAGGAAGCAUGGUUAAUCGAAAAACAGAGAAUUUGUCAGGCUGGUAUAUCUGCUAAAGAUUUAAGAGCAGUUAUAAAUCUUCAACAGAAACAUAAGCUGCUACUCGAUGAAAUGAAGGUUAGAAGGCCUAAAUCAGAACAGAUUUGUGAAGUGGGAAGGCAGUUAGUGACUGAGAAACAUACGAGGUCCAAUGAUAUAGUUCUCAGGAUUCAAAGUUUACAGCAGCAUUGGCAAAAACUCACCGAUCUCACCUCCCAGAGAAUGAAACAACUUCAAGAUGCAUCUGAAGCUUAUCAGUUCUAUGCAGACGCCAAUGAAGCAGAAUCUUGGUUGAAUGAAUGCUUAGCCCUUGUUGGCACAAAUGAUUAUGGAGUUGAUGAACCGAGUGCCCAGGCUCUCCUUCAGAGGCAUAAAGACUUAGAAGGCGAGAUAAAUGCGUAUGCUGGUGAUAUUCAGAGCUUAAAUUCUCAAGCUGAAAAACUCAUACAGGCUGGAAUAUCUACCUUAGAAUUGUCAGCAGAACCAGAAGUUCUUGAGGUUGAAGGAGCCAUAGAAGAAUGGGUGAAUGAAACUCGUUUGACCCCAACAGAAGUAUGGGAGGAAGAACCAGUUGAGACCGUCGAACAUCGAACGGUGUUGGAGGAUAGAGCUGUACCUCAAGUGAAGGGCCUCUAUCCAUUUGUUGGUCAAGGGAUGGUCAUGGGCAAAGGAGAGGUGAUGUUUCUGUUAAGUAAAACAAAUCCUGAUUGGUGGAGUGUAAGAAAAGCUAAUGGACAAGAUGGAUUUGUUCCAGCUAACUAUGUCAAAGAAAUAGAACCAAAAAUAAUGCAGGUAUCUGUUCGAAAAGUUGAAAAAGUUCAAUCUAUGCAGAAGGUUCGAAAAACUAAAUUAAUUAAAACUGUUGUUCCUGUUAAGAAGAUAAUAGCUCCUAAACCAAAAGUACAAACUAAAAGGAAAUCAGUUGAUGAUAGUCAACAUGUCCAGAAAAGACAAAAGAAAAUUAAUGAUACUUAUAGUGAGCUGAAAGAAUUAGCUUUAAAAAGAAAAGCUUUAUUGGAAGACUCCAUUCGAUUGUUUGGAUUCUACAGAGAAUGUGAUGAUUUUGGUAAGUGGAUUAAAGACAAAGAAAAAAUGUUGAGAGCUGAAGAUAAGUCUGACAAUGUUGAAACAGCGAAAAGGAAGUUUGAGCAAUUUCUCACUGAUCUGUCUGCCAGUAGAAAACGGAUAGAAGCUUUAGAUAAUACUGUUGACAACUUUGUUAGACAGGGCCAUAGUCAACUUGAUAAAGUCAGGGCUCGUCAACAGCAAAUUCACCAACAAUGGGAACAUCUAAAUUGGCUUAAAAGCCAAAAAGAAAAGAGCUUAGAAGGAGCCUCUAGUGUUGAACUGUUUCACAGGACGUGUGAUGAAGCUAAAGAUUGGAUGCUUGAAAAGAUGACACAGUUAGAAACUGCUGAGGUAGGACCCGAUCUUAAGACAGUUCAAGCUUUACAGAGGAGGCAUGAAAAUCUUGAAAGAGAGCUCGCUCCAGUUGAAGAAAAAGUUAACAGAGUUAAUCAUCUUGCAAAUACUGUUAAAUCAUCUUACCCAAAUGAAAAAACUAGUGUGAACAGUCGUCAGAAAGAAGUAUUAGAUUUAUGGGAUAAAGUUAAGAAAAAAGCAACAGAGCGAAGAUCCAGGUUGGAGAGUGCUGUCGGCCAGCAAAUAUUUACAAACAGCUCUAAAAAUCUUCUGAAUUGGUUAACAACUGUGAAGGAAGCUCUUAAUGCCGAUGAAACAGCUAGGGAUGUUGCGACUGCCGAAAGUUUGUUAAAAAAACAUCAGGAAGAGCUUGCUGAUGAUAUAAAGGCUCACAAUGACGAGUUCAGAGAAGUUUCAGCACUUGGUCAUAAGCUGCUCCUUCAUAAUCCAGGAUUGACAGAUGUUAAAGAGAGGUUAGAUAGGCUUUCGACUGAGCAAGCUGCGGUUCAAAAAAGUUUUGCAGAAAAGGGUGAUUGGCUCAGGCAGUGUCUAGACCUCCAGUGUUUUAACCAAGAAGCUGACCACAUUGAUACAACCACAGCUAUCCAUGAAGCUUUCCUCGAAUUUACUGACUUAGGAGGUUCUGUGGAUGAUGUUCAAGCUCUUUUGAAAAGACAUGAUGAUUUCGAAAACACUCUAUUUGCUCAAGAUGAUAGACUAAAGGCAUUUAGUGAAAUAGCUGACAAAUUAAUAUCUGCAAAUCAUUAUGAUUCAAAAUAUAUUGAUGACAGAAGAAAGCAAGUGUUAGCUCGGCGUCAGAAGGUUAAAGAACUUUCUGCUAAAAGGAGAGCCGCCCUCGUAGCGUCCCGAAAUUUCCAUGACUUUGCUGCAGAUGUUGAUGAUCUCAGAGCUUGGCUUGCGGAAAAACUAAAAACUGCUGGAGAUGAAUCUUACAGAGACUUGAACAACAUUGAAAGAAAAUUACAAAAACAUGAGGCAUUUGAAAGAGAGUUGAGGGCAAACGAAAGACAAUUAAGAACAAUUAAUAAAAUAGGUGAAGGCCUUAUCAGUGGUGGUAACUAUCGCAGUCCUGAAGUUUCUCAACUUUUGAAAGAACUUAAUGCAAAAUGGGAAGUUUUAGUUAAGAGUUCUCUAGAAAAGAGUCAACGAUUAAGACAAGCUGUGGCUCAGCAUUCAUACAACAGAACUUUAGAAGACGCACGAGCUAAAUUGGCUGAAAUACAAUUAUCAUUGCAAUCCGAUCAACUUGGUUCUGAUUUGAGGAAUUGUAAACAGCUCCUGAAAAAUCACCAGGUUCUGGAAUCAGAUAUCUGCCAAUGGGAACAAAAGGUUAUGGAUUUAAAUGCCCAUGGGCAAGAAAUGAUCCAUGAAGGACAUUUUGAUGCAGAAAAUAUUUUGAAAGCCAGUAAGCACUGUCAGGAUAAAUUCAGUGCUUUGCAAGAACCAGCCAGGAAAAGAAGAGAAGCUUUAGAAGAAUCUUUAAGGUUCCACAAAUUUGGAUUUGAACUAGAAACUGAAUUAGGAUGGAUUAGGGAACAUCUUCCUUUAGCAUCAUCUGAAGCUCUCGGUAACAAUCUUUACCAAGCCCAAGCUUUAUAUAAAAAGCACAAGAAACUGGAGGCAGAAAUAGAAGGGCAUCAACCGAUGAUUGAUAAAACUCUUGCAUCUGGAAAAGCUUUAAUUCAUCAAAGUCACCCUGAAACCAAACAGGUUACUUCACUUUGUACUGGAUUGGAGGAUGCUUGGAAUGACUUGAAGUUAAAAGCUCAAGAACGAUCGCGUAAAUUAGAACUUUCUCUUAAAGGGCAACAAUAUUUUUCAGAAGCUAAUGAAGUUGAAAGUUGGUUUUCUGAAAAGAACAAUGUGUUAAGUUCUACUGACUUUGGGAGGGAUCGUGAUGCUGCAUCCAAACUUCUUACCAAACAUAAGGCUUUAGAGUUGGAGCUUGACACUUACAAUGGUAUUGUUAGCGAAAUGGGUCGCACUGCAAACAGCAUGGUAGCCUCCAAACAUCCGGAUUGCAAAGCGAUCGCUGCGAAACAAACUUCGAUUCAGCAGCAAAUGAGAACUUUACAAAAAUUAGCCAGUGCUAGACAGCAAAGGCUUGUUGAGAGUAUGUGCCGUCACGAAUAUAUAAGUGAAAGCGCUGAACUGGAGCAAUGGAUUAGAGAGCAAAUGCAGGUUGCAAGUCUUGAGGAUUAUGGUCAAGAUUAUGAGCAUUUACUUAAUCUUCAGAAAAAAUUUGAAGAUCUAAAGCAUCAUGUUGAAGCCGGUUUUGAUAGAUUCAACCAAUGCGAAGAAUUGGCCAAUAAACUUAUUUCAAACGAGAGUCCCUAUACCGAUGACAUAGAGAGCCGGCAGUAUAUGAUAAGAGACUAUUGGGACCAAUUAUUGAAUGCAAUUGAAAAAAGAGAAACACGACUGGCAGCAGCUGGUGAGAUCCAUAGAUUUAAUCGAGAUGUAGCAGAUGCCUUAUCAAGAAUAAGUGAUAAGAAAGCAGUACUUAGUGACGAUUUAGGACGUGAUCUAAAUUCAGCUUUGGCUCUAGUCAGAAGACAUGAAGGAUUCGAAAAUGAUCUUGUUGCUUUAGGUGACCGCCUACAGAUAUUGGUUGAUGAAGCUGAAAGAUUGAAAAUUGUCUACCCAGGAAAUAAUUCUGCUCAAAUUGAACAAAAGCAGCAAGCUCUUAUUCUGAGCUGGGAAGAUCUGAAGCAGAAAUCUGAAAUGCGAAAAAGAAUACUCCAGGCAAGCUGUGAUCAUCAAAGGUUCCUUUCACAGGUCCGUGAUUUGAUGAGCUGGGCUAGUGGUUUAAGAGCUGCCAUAUUAACUGAAGAAAAAGUGAGGGAUGCAGCAAGUGCUCAAAGUUUAAAGGCUGAACACCAGAGAUUUUUGGCUGAAAUUGAAGCCAGAGAAGAAAGCUUCCGGAACGUUAUGGAGCUUGGGGAAGAAAUGAUCCAAACUGAACACUAUGCCUCUCAAGAAAUCCAAGAAAAAUUCAAUCAACUUCUUGAAGAAAGGAAAAAACUCCAUACUGUGUGGCAGCAUAAAAAUGUCCACCUCGAUCAGCUUAUUGAUUUACACCUGUUUUUGAGAGAUGCAAAACAGAUAGACACCAUUUGCAACUCCCAAGAAGCUGCAUUAUCUAAUACUGAUUUUGGUGACUCAGUUGAUGAAGUUGCUGUAUUAGUAAAGAAGCAUGAUGCAUUUGAAAAACUUUUUGCCACUCAAGAAGACAAAGUAGCACUAUUAAAUGAGCAUGGUUCAAAAUUAUUAGCCCAGAAUCAUUUUGAAAGUGCAAUCAUUGCUAAAAGGUUGUCUGAAGUUACUCAACGCAGAAAUGCAAUAAGAGAGCUUUGUCACAUCCGGAGAAACAAACUUGAUAAUGCAUUAUUACAUGCGCAGUUCAAUAGAGAUGUUGCUGAGGCUGAAUCUUGGAUUGGAGAAAAGAAGAAGAAGUUAGAAGUUGAAGCUAAAGCUGAAGUUAGUAGUUUGGAAGACAAAAUAAAAAAAUUACAAAAACAUCAAGCUUUUCAGGCAGAAUUGGCGGUUAAUAAGGGUAGAAUAACUGCUAUACAAGAAAAAGGUCAAACGCUUCUUGCGAAAAAACAUAAAGCCUCAAGAGAAAUAGAAACUGCUUUGGAACACCUUAUAUCUUCAUGGAAUAGCCUGUUAAAGGAAAGUGAAAACAGGGGAAGAGGUUUGGAAGAGGCCCAAGAUAUAUUAGAAUUUAACAACCAGCUGGAGAAAAUUGAAGCAUGGAUUAGAGAUAAGGAGAUGAUGGUUCAAGCAGGAGAUAUGGGAAAAGACUAUGAACACUGUCUGGCAUUACAAAGAAAACUUGACGAUGUUGAUAGUGACAUGCGGGUUGACGAUAUGCGCAUUAAAGCCAUUAAUAAUUUGGCUGAUAAGCUUAUAAGGCAGGGACGAAGUGAUACACGUUCGGUGCAACAGAGGAGAGAUCAUUUCUAUAAUAAAUGGAAAGGUUUACAAGGUGCAUUGAGUGAGUACAGAGAACAUCUGGCCGGUGCUUUAGAAAUUCAUGCUUUCAAUAGAGAUGUAGAUGAUACUUCUCAAAGAGUUUCGGAAAAAGCGGUUGCUAUGACUACAGAUGAUACAGGACGUGAUUUGGUUGGUGUUGAACACUUAAAAAGAAAGCAGGAUGCAUUAGAACGGGACAUGACUGCUAUCGAGGGCAAACUUAAGGAGCAUGAUGUCGAGUGUAAGAGACUUGUAUCUAAGUAUCCAGACAUGUCUGCUCCCAUCAGGAGUAAAUUAACUGAAUUGCAAGAUAACUGGCGUGAACUGAUUUCUCUUGCAAGCACACGGCGAACUGUACUCGCUGCUGCUGCUGCUAGACAUAGGUUUGAAGCUGAUUUCCGAGAGCUCCAAGCAUGGGCUUUAGAAACAAUAGAAGGGAUGGCAUCAAGUGAAUUACCAACAAAUAUGGCAGAAGCCCAUACAAUGCUGGAGUUGCAUCAUGAGAAGAAGGCAGAGAUUGACGGACGUCAGGAGGCUUUCAAAUCUAUUAAGGAGGCCGGGCUUAAACUGAGCCCUCCUCGAGAAAAUGAAAUAACUAAACUAGAAGAACUGCGGAGGACGCUAGGCGCUGCUUGGGAAGAGAGGAGGCAGCGAUUGGAACAGGCACAACAACUACAGCAGUUCAGACAGCAAGCUGAUCAAGCUGACUCAUGGCUCGCCUCAAAGGAAGCUUUUCUUAAUAAUGAUGAUCUCGGGGACACUGUUGUUGGUGUCGAAGAGUUAUUACGCAAAACUGAAGCAUUUGAAAAAACUGUGCAAGCUCAGUUUGGAAGAGUUGAAGAAGUUGAAAAGUUGGGUAAAGAGCUCCUUUCUCGUGAACAUUAUGCAGCCUCUACAAUAUCUAAUAUUCUUCAAGCCUUGGUUUCACGUAGGGAUAAGUUAAUAGAAAGCACUGCGACAAGAAAGAGGCGACUCUUGGAAUCUAAGAAAUUACAUGAAUUUUUCAGAAAUGUAUAUGAGGUGGAGAGUUGGUUGCUUCAGAAACAGCAAGUCGCAGAUGAUGAAAAUUAUAGAGAUGCUAGUAAUCUUCAAAGCAAAAUUCAGAAGCAUAUCGCAUUUGAAGCUGAACUUAUUGCAAAUAAAAGCCGAGUAGGUGGCGUUUCUAAUGAAGGUGAAGCUCUCAUCAGGGAAGGCCAUUUUGCAAGUGAUGAGAUUCAAAGGAAACUGGAUGAACUAGAGUCUGAAUGGAGGCUUAUACAAGAGACCAGUGCAACUAAAAGGGAACGCCUCAACGAAGCUUACCAAGCCCUUCUUUUUAGUCGUACGUUAGAAGAAUUAGAAGCAUGGAUAGAUGAUGUUGAAGGACAGUUAACUAGUGAAGAUCAUGGAAAGGAUCUUGCAAGUGUUGCUAAUCUUCUUAAAAGGCACGCACUCCUUGAGAACAAUGUUACUGGACACCAGGAUGCAUUCAAUCAGUUAAAUGACACUGCAUCCACAUUCCAUAGGUCUAAUCAUUUCAUGAAAGAAGAAAUAAAAGAAAGAGCUCAAGCUGCAAUAGAUAGGUAUCGUUCGUUGCAAGAACCAAUGCAGAUAAGACGGGACAAUUUAGAAGAUGCUCUAUUGCUGUACCAGUUAUUGAGAGAUAUUGAAGAUGAAAUGCAAUGGCUUGAGGAAAAGGAACCACUCGCUGCUUCUGUUGACUUGGGAAACAGUCUAAACGCUGUUCAGAGUCUUCAGAAAAAACAUCAUGUUUUGGAAUCUGAAAUAAUGUCACGUGAGCAAGUAGUUAAUGCUCUUGGGAGCAGAGCUCAGCAGAUGGUGAGAAGCGGACAUUUUGCUAGUUCCAGGAUUGAAACAGCUCAUAGUGAUUUGCUUGAAAAACUGGCUAGAAUAAAACAAUUAGUAAAAGAGCGUAAACUUAAAUUGCUUGAUGCUGUGGAAUCACAAAUGUUUUAUGUUGAAGCAAGUGAAGCUGAAGCAUGGUUAAAAGAAAAGAGGCCUCUUCUUGUUUCAACAGAUUUUGGAAAAGAUGAAGAUUCAGUUCAAAGCCUUUUAAAGAAGUUAGAAGGUUUCAGCAGGGAAAUAACAGCUUUCAGGCAAACAGUCGGGCGACUUAGUAAUCUUAGUCAUGGUUUAGUUGAUCGAGGCCAUUUUGACUCUGAGAAGAUUUCCCAGAAACAAACUGACAUCGAAGAAGAAUUGAGGGAAAUAGAAAACCUGUGUAAAAAAAGAGAAUGGAACUUGCUUGAAAGUCGAAAGCUGUACCGGUUUUUAAGAGAAGCCGAGGAAGUCGCAGAAUGGAUUAGUGAUCAGACAGCAGUUGCAGCUUCUGAAGAUUAUGGUAGAGAUGUGGAGCAUGUUGAACUUUUAAUCCAGAGAUUUGAAAAUGUACUCAGUGGAUUAUCUUCAAGUGAAGGAAGGGUAACUAAUUGUCUUCAGAGCGGACAAGCAUUGAUAGCUGAAGGAAAUCCAGAGAGCCAAAGAAUCGCCAAGAAAAUGGAAGAGACACAACAGUUGUGGGAUGACCUCAAAGAAUUAGCGCAUGCCAGGCAGGAGGCUCUUGCUGGAGCGAAACAAGUUCAUGUCUUUGAUCGAACAGCUGAUGAAACAAUUUGUUGGAUUCAAGAAAAAGAUUCUAGUCUUACAGCUGAAGGUUACGGGCAAGAUCUGGAGUCCAUUCAAGCUCUAGUUAGGAAGCAUGAAGUGUUCCAAACAGAUCUUGCUGCUGUAAAAGAACAGGUCGAAGCUGUUGUUGAAGAAGGUGGUAGGCUUUCUGGGUUGUUUCCAGAUGCCAGAGAGCAUAUUGAAGUGAAGCAUGAAGAAGUAACCGAUGCCUGGACUCAGCUUUAUGAAAAAACUGAACAAAGAAGAAUGAAUCUAGAGCAAGCUGAACAACUGCAAUCUUAUUUCGAUCUUUACCGUGAUCUUAUGGCAUGGAUCAGCGAAAUGAUUGCUAAAGUAACAUCGCCUGAAUUGGCUCAGGAUGUAGCUGGUGCUGAAGCACUUAUAUCACGACAUAUGGAGCAUAGAGCGGAAAUCAACAGUAGGGAAGAAGCAUUUAGUCAAUUUUAUACAACAGGCAAUGCCCUAAUUAAGCAGGGACAUUUCCUUGGAAAUGAUAUUCAAGAUAAGAUUCGGAUUCUUGAACAAAGAAAACAUCUCUUAAAUGAUACUUGGGAAAAACGGAAAGUUAUUUAUGAUCUGAGUUUAGAUACACGGAUAUUUAUGAGGGAAGCAAAUCUAUUAGAAAAUUGGAUAAUUUCUCGAGAGCCUGUUCUUCAUGAUGAAAAGCUUGGAGAAUCAAUCUCUCAGGUUGAAGAAUUGAUCCGAAGACAUGAAGAUUUUGAGAAAACUAUUGAGGCACAUGCAGAGAAAUUUAGUGCCAUUAAAAGGAUAACUUUACUUGAACAGGCCUUCUUGAAGCAACAGGAAGCAGAAGCUUCAGCAAGGCAAGCAGAAAUUGAAAGAAUUGAACGAGAAAGGUCUGAAGCUAGGAAGCGAAGAGAGGUUCAGAGAAUGACUCAGGAAAGGAAAAAAGAAGAUGAAAGGAGACGUCAAGAAAUCAAUGGUGGUCCUGAAUUACUGGAUAAUAAGAAUACAUCUCCUUCUGGAAGAUUCUUAUUAGCUGAAAAGUUUGCUGAGGAAACUGAGAGAAAACCAUCAAUAAAUCAGGAAACUUCUGACCUCUCAGAAACAGAUUCUGCCUUCCCUAUUACCAAAUCUCAGUCAACAAUUUUACCCAGAUUGAAUGCUCAGGAGUCUCCCAUUCCCCUUCAGAAGUCUGGUAGUAUUUCUACUUUAUUUGGUGAUAGACUACGAAAAGCUGGUGAUGUGAAGCGAGCUGAAAGUAUGAAAGCAGAUCUUAAAAAGCCAAAGAGGACGCCAUCAUUCACCACACGUAGGAGGACCCAGAGUUUUAGAAAAUUGCAAAAAUUCCGAGGAGAUGAGUUAGAUCAACUGCCACCUGUGGAAAUUCAAGGAAUUCUUGAUAGGAAACAUGAACUUCAAAGUGGUGGGAAGAAAGCUGCUCUCCGUUCUUGGAAAACUUUCUACACAGUUCUUUGCGGGCAGCUUCUUUGCUUCUUUAAAGAUCAAGACGAUUUUGUUGCAAGUAAGGCUGCCACCUCUCCAAUCAUAAUAUUCAAUGCCAAAUGUGAAAAAGCGGAAGAUUAUACAAAAAGGAAACAUGUUUUUAGGCUUUGUACUACAGAUGGAUCAGAGUUUUUAUUUUUGGCUCCUAAUGGAGAAGAAAUGGAAGAUUGGGUUAAUAAAAUUACAUUCCAUGCUCAGCUUCCUCCUAGUUUACAAUUGAUGAGUUAUGAUGAAAACCAAAAGGGUUCACCAUCAGGAGAUAGACUGGCUCCAGUUGGGCCUGAGGAGAGUUCAGACUCGAGCCGUGGGUCCACUCCUGAAGUAACCAGAAGAGGGAAACCACCAAUUCCACCAAGGGGUGCCCCUCCACCAAUACCUAUCAGAUCAUCCACUGAAAUAUCCGGAAUAUCCGUGAGACCUGUUUCAUCAUACCAACCAAAUACCCCUAUUAGUCCUAAUGGUAAUCCUAACCCUGAAUGGAGAAACUCGACUCCUGCUAAUUUAGAUUAUCCUGCCACUGAAGUUCCUCCACCAUUACCUUCCUCUGCACCUCCCAAUAGGCCGGUAGUUAAUGCAGCUCCAGCUCGUGAACCUUGGCCAACAGAUGCCACCUCCUUUCGACAUGGAACAAUUUAUGGAAAUUUACCUCCGAAGCAGAAUCCUGCCUUCACAAACAGUAACAGCAAUCGUUCGGGAACAUUGCCGCCCACGACAGGAGGAACUACAAGUGAGGCAAGGCGACCUAGUGAAAGCUCUAGUGAGAAUGAACAACAGACAAAAGAUACAAGAAAAGAUAAAAGACAGAAUGUCCUUUCUUCGUUUUUCCGGAAGAAGAAAGGGACUCAUACAUGA